ACGACACGGCCACGGCCACUCCACUUCACUCUCCCACCUUCUCCAUCCCCCAGCUGCCGCCCACCCAAAUCAAAAUCGGCUCCACCUCCACAGCACCCAGGCACGCCGUCCGUCCGUCCACCCAUCCGGCUCGCGUGCGUGCCAUGAGGACCCUCGUGCUCGUGCCCGUCCUCCUCCUCCUGCUGGGCGCGUGCCAUGGGCAGCAGCCGGAGCAGCGGAAGAACUACGUGGUGCACCUCGAGCCGAGGGACGACGAGGGGAGCGCGGCUGUCCCGGUGGAGGACUGGCACCGCUCCUUCCUGCCGGAGGCCGCGCCGACCUCUGCCGGCGACGGCGGGGCGGACGCCGGGCCCAGGAUCAUCUACUCCUACAGCCACGUGCUCACCGGGUUCGCGGCGCGGCUCAGCGACGCCGAGGCCGAGGCGCUGCGGGGCAGGGCGGGCUGCAUCAGGCUCUACCCCGAGGUGUUCCUGCCGCUCGCCACCACCCACUCGCCGGGCUUCCUGGGCCUGCAGACCGGCAAGGACGGCUUCUGGAGCCGCUCUGGGUUCGGCCGCGGCGUGGUGAUUGGGCUCGUCGACACCGGCAUCCUGCCCAGCCACCCCUCCUUUGGGGACGCCGGGAUGCCGCCGCCGCCCAAGAAGUGGAAGGGCGCGUGCGAGUUCAAGGCGAUUGCCGGCGCGGGGGGCUGCAACAACAAGGUCAUCGGCGCGCGCGCGUUCGGCAGCGCGGCGGUGAACGACACGGCCCCGCCCGUCGACGACGCCGGCCACGGCACGCACACGGCCAGCACGGCGGCCGGCAAUUUCGUGGAGAACGCUGACGUCCGCGGCAAUGCGCACGGCACGGCGUCCGGGAUGGCGCCGCACGCGCACCUGGCCAUUUACAAGGUGUGCUCGCGCAGCCGGUGCUCCAUCAUGGACGUCAUCGCCGGGCUCGACGCCGCCGUCAAGGACGGGGUGGACGUCAUCUCCAUGUCCAUCGACGUCUCCGACGGCGCGCAGUUCAACUACGACCUCGUCGCCGUCGCCACGUACAAGGCCAUCGAGCGUGGCAUCUUCGUCAGUGCCGCCGCCGGCAAUGCGGGGCCGGCCGCCGGGAGCGUCUCCAACUGCGCGCCGUGGAUACUCACGGUCGCGGCCGGCACCACGGACCGGGCGAUACGCACCACGGUGAAGCUCGGCAACGGCCAGGAGUUCGACGGCGAGUCCCUGUUCCAGCCCCACAACAACUCCGCCGGGCGCCCGCUCCCGCUCGUGUUCCCCGGCGCCAGCGGCGACCCGGACGCCCGCGGCUGCAGCUCCCUCCCCGACUCCGUGAGCGGCAAGGUGGUGCUCUGCGAGAGCCGCGGCUUCAAGGAGCACGUCGAGCAGGGGCAGACCGUGAAGGCGUACAGCGGCGCCGGCAUGAUCCUCAUGAACAAGCCGGAGGAGGGGUACACCACCUUCGCCAACGCGCACGUGCUGCCGGCGUCGCACGUCAGCAACACCGCCGGCUCGAAGAUCACCGCCUACUUCAAGUCCACUCCCAACCCCACGGCGAGCAUCACGUUCAAGGGCACGGUGCUGGGCAUCUCCCCCGCCCCGACGGUGGCCUUCUUCUCCUCCCGCGGGCCGAGCAAGGCCAGCCCGGGCAUCCUGAAGCCGGACAUCAGCGGGCCGGGGAUGAACAUCCUCGCGGCGUGGGCGCCGAGCGAGAUGCACCCGGAGUUCGUCGACGACGUGAGCCUGGCCUUCUUCAUGGAGUCCGGCACGUCCAUGUCCACCCCGCACCUGAGCGGCAUCGCCGCCGUCAUCAAGAGCCUGCACCCGAGCUGGUCCCCGGCGGCCAUCAAGUCGGCGCUCAUGACCUCCUCGGACCCCGCGGACAAGGCCGGCGUGCCGGUCAAGGACGAGCAGUACCGGCGGGCGAGCUUCUUCACCAUGGGCGCCGGGUACGUGAACCCGUCGCGCGCCGUGGACCCGGGCCUGGUCUACGACCUCUCGCCCAACGACUACAUCCCGUACCUGUGCGGGCUGGGCUACGGCGACGACGGCGUGAAGGAGAUCGUGCACCGCCGCGUGGACUGCGCCAAGCUGAAGCCCAUCACGGAGGCGGAGCUCAACUACCCGUCGCUGGUGGUGAAGCUGCUGUCGCAGCCGAUCACCGUCCGCCGCACCGUGAAGAACGUGGGCAAGGCGAACUCCGUGUACACGGCCGUGGUGGACAUGCCCAAGGAGGUGUCGGUCACGGUGCGCCCGCCCAUGCUGCGGUUCUCCAAGGUGGACGAGAGGCAGAGCUUCACGGUGACGGUGCGGUGGGCCGGGAAGCAGCCGGCCGUCGCCGGCGCCGAGGGGAACCUCAAGUGGGUCUCCCCGGAGCACGUGGUGCGGAGCCCCAUCGUGGUGCCGCCGGCCAAGGUGGUCGUCUAAAUCGGUAGGGAGGGGUUGGGCUCUCGGCGUUGCUCGUAGGCGUGCGUGACAGAGGGUAAGAACAUUGCGUUGUAUAGGGUGGCGCGGUCGAUUAAUUAGGCGCGUGCGUACUUCGUCGAGCGCCGCCAUUGCCACGGCGCGGCAAGCUCGGCUGCGACGUUGGCGAUGGCGGUGGGUGUAUAGUGCAAAUAAUGGAAUUUUAUUAACCCGUGAAA